AUCUCAAUUCGUCCGUGCUAAAUAAACCAGAGAACACUAGACCAGUGAUAGGUUAUGUUGUGUGAUUGAAUGUUUCAAAUGUUUGUUUUAGUGCUGUCAGUGUUGUGAUUAAAUCACUGGUGGAUAUCCAUCAAGGCUGUGUCAGAAUGUUAUGUUAUCUUUAGCAAAAAUAUGUCACAGUUAUUGUUUGUUAUUGUUAUGAACUAAUUACUUAGUCAACUAUCAUAAUUACGCCAGUAGAUUAUAGUCUAUUAACAUACCUGGUAUUGUCGAAAUAGAGAUUCUGCAUUGACUGAGAAAACUAUAGCUUAUUUGAAUAAAAAUCAAAAUGAAUUCUGAAGAAACAGAGUCUUAUCUAUCUAGCAUUGAGGAUUAUGUAUUUGAUGAGAAGAAAGUUGUUACAUACAGCUGGCUCUCAAGAACUCUAGGACUCCAUGUCAAUUUGUCGAAACAAUUGCUUUACACAUUUUAUGAAAAUAAUCCUAAGAAAGGCGAACUCUGUGCUACAUAUUUAUUAAUUGGAGUCUCAAAUAAUGGAGAUACUAACCAAGUUCUGGUAGUUAAAGACAAGGAUCUGGAAGAAAUUGAGGGUUCACUCAAGUCAGUAACCUCAAAGCACAUUUAUAGUGUGCAAAAGUGUGUGGAGAUUUCUGAUUUAAAUGUUCUGUACACUGCACAAAAAGAAGAAAACAUUGAUAACAUUUCAAAAGGAUUAUCGUCAAUAGAUUUUAACUGCAAUGAAAGAGACAGUACAUUGAUAGCAAAACUGAGGUUUAAUGCUCUACCCGUUGUGCCUAAUCAAUCAACAGGAUUUGGCAAGAAAACACAACCUCCACCUCCAGCAAACAAAAAUAAAAGCCCGGCAAAAGAUGUAAAAGAUGAAAAAACUGUAAAAAAUACAAGUUCUGGGGAGAGCAAGCAGUCUGAAGUCAAGUCCGAAAGUGAGAAGGUGGUUGUUCCCUCCAUGUUUAAAAAUAACCCUGCACCUAAAAAGAAAGCUGGAGAAAAGGCAGCAGCUGUGAAUAACAAACCUUCCAAAGGAAUAGGAGCAUUUUUCAGCAAGACAAGUAAACCCAUCAGUGAACAAAAACCAGUAGUAGAUCAAGAAAAGAACAACAAAGAAAAAGAAGUGGAGACUAAAGAGGAAAGGUUGUCACCACUAAAAGAAAAUAAAGCUACAUUAAAUAUUUGUGAUCAAAAUAAGAAGAAUUCCAAAACAGAUAGUUCUCCUAAAGAAGCAUCAGCAAAAACAAAAAAAAGCAGAUGCUAAACCAAUUAAAGAAACUAAAAAGAAUGAUUCUAAACGUUCCACUAGUAAGAAAAAGGCAACCAAAAAAGCAGACAAGGAUGAGAAGAAAAGAAAACGCCUUGUCGUUCUUAGUGACAGUGAGAGUAAUGAAAGUGAAGCUGAUGAAGAAGUACAAAGAGAACCAACACCAGAACCUGAGCCUACCAUGAUACCAGAUGAUGAUGAUGAUGAUAUCAUUCAUGGAACUCCAGAGCCAUCUAGGAAGAGAAAGAAGAAACUUAUCAG